CUCCCAGCGGCCCCACCCGCCCCUCUCCUGGCGACUCCGCCCUGCUGAGGUCUGGGCAGAAUCCAGGGCAGACUGGGUUGUGUGGCUCUGGGCGGCGGCCGCUCGUCCCGCCUUCCCCAAGCCUGGCUGGCACCUCGCCUCUCGGGACCCACGAGCCCCGUCCUCCCGGCUCCCGCAGCCCCACCGGCUGAGCUCGGGCUCCUUGGGCAGAGCUGGGACGCUGCGUCGCCGUGGUGUGGCUCUAGGACAAGGGCACACAGCCCAAUUGUGGUCUGUCCGUCUGUCUGGGGCUGAUAAACUCCGCUGACCUCACCCUGACAGCCCCACCCCACCACAGAGUUGUGCGGGCACCCAGAGGGUGGCAGCUGGACUUGGUUUACCAGGGACGUUUGCCGAGUGGCCUCAGACCCAGCGCCGGCGCCGCGUUUGAACCUGGAUCCGUCGGGUGAACGCCUACUUGCUCCUACCUGGUGACCGAGAAGCUCAUGUGACCUGAGCAGUGCCAGAGAGUGACUGGGCCUCACAGGGGGAGGCAGGCAGAGGCGGAUCUCGGGGGCCUUGGGACUCUUGUUGGCCGGCCCCUGGCCCCUGGGGCCGGGCAUCCAGCCUGCAGCCAAGGUUGGCUCAGCAUGUCGGUCAGCGUCCACGAGACCCGCAAGUCGCGGAGCAGCACGGGCUCCAUGAACAUCACGCUCUUCCACAAGGCGUCGCACCCCGACUGCGUGCUCGCCCACCUCAACACGCUGCGCAAGCACUGCAUGUUCACCGACGUCACGCUCUGGGCCGGCGACCGCGCCUUCCCCUGCCACCGCGCCGUGCUGGCCGCCUCCAGCCGCUACUUCGAGGCCAUGUUCAGCCACGGGCUGCGGGAGAGCCGGGACGACACGGUCAACUUCCAGGACAACCUGCACCCCGAGGUGCUGGAGCUGCUGCUGGACUUCGCCUACUCGUCGCGCAUCGUCCUCAACGAGGAGAACGCCGAGUCGCUGCUGGAGGCGGGCGACAUGCUCCAGUUCCACGACGUGCGCGACGCGGCCGCCGAGUUCCUGGAGAAGAACCUGUUCCCCUCCAACUGCCUGGGCAUGAUGCUGCUGUCCGACGCCCACCAGUGCCGCCGGCUGCACGAGCUGGCCUGGCGCAUGUGCCUGGCGCACUUCGAGACGGUGCGGCAGAGCGAGGACUUCAACAGCCUCUCCAAGGACAAGCUGCUGGACCUCAUCUCCAGCGACGAGCUGGAGGCGGAGGACGAGCGGGCGGUGCUCGAGGCCGUCCUGCAGUGGGUGCGGCACGACCUCGAGGGGCGCAGCGCCCACCUGCCCGAGCUGCUCCGGGGCGUGCGGCUGGCCCUGCUGCCCUCCGACUGCCUGAAGGAGGCCGUGGCCCGCGAGGCCCCGCUCCUGGCGGGCGAGCGCACGCAGGGCAUGUUCGACGAGGCGCUGCGCUGCAAGGCCCGGAUCCUGCAGAACGACGGGGUGGUGACCAGCCCCUGCGCCCGGCCGCGCAAGGCGGGCCACACGCUGCUCAUCCUGGGCGGCCAGACCUUCAUGUGCGACAAGGUCUACCAGGUGGACCACAAGGCCAAGGAGAUCAUCCCCAAGGCCGACCUGCCCAGCCCCCGGAAGGAGUUCAGCGCCUCGGCCAUCGGCUGCAAGGUCUACGUGACGGGGGGCAGGGGCUCCGAGAACGGGGUGUCCAAGGACGUGUGGGUGUACGACACCGUCCACGAAGAGUGGUCCAAGGCGGCCCCCAUGCUGAUCGCCCGCUUCGGCCACGGCUCGGCGGAGCUGGAGAACUGCCUGUACGUGGUGGGCGGACACACGUCCCUGGCGGGCGUCUUCCCCGCCUCCCCGUCCGUGUCCCUGAAGCAGGUGGAGAAGUACGACCCCGGGGCUAACAAGUGGAGCAUGGUGUCCCCGCUGCGGGACGGCGUGAGCAACGCGGCGGUGGUGAGCGCCAAGCUGAAGCUCUUCGUGUUCGGGGGGACCAGCAUCCACCGGGACAUGGUGUCCAAAGUCCAGUGCUACGACCCCGCGGAGAACCGGUGGACCAUCAAGGCGGAGUGCCCCCAGCCCUGGCGGUACACGGCCGCCGCCGUGCUGGGCAGCCAGAUCUUCAUCAUGGGCGGCGACACGGAGUUCACGGCCGCCUCUGCCUACCGCUUCGACUGCGAGACCAACCAGUGGACGCGGAUCGGGGACAUGACGGCCAAGCGCAUGUCCUGCCACGCCCUGGCCUCGGGCAACAAGCUGUACGUGGUGGGCGGCUACUUCGGGACGCAGCGGUGUAAGACCCUGGACUGCUACGACCCCACGGCGGACACCUGGAGCUGUAUCACCACCGUGCCCUACUCGCUCAUCCCCACGGCCUUCGUCAGCACCUGGAAGCACCUGCCUGCCUGAGGGGCCCGUGAGCCAGGUGAGCCCCGCUCGGCCGGUCCCGCUC